ACUGAGCCUAGCGUGCACGCCGGGCCCGGCAUGGCGGAGCCGGAGGCCGCGCAACCGGGGCGGCCCCCGCCGGGCCCGGGGCCGGGAACGGCGGCGGCGGCGGCGGCAGGGGCGACGGGAAGCGGGACGGUAACGGGCGGAGGAGGGGGAACGGGGUCCAGUGACCCGGCUCGGCCCGGGUUAAGUCAGCAGCAAAGAGCGAGUCAGCGCAAAGCGCAGGUGCGGGGGUUCCCCCGCGGGAAGAAGCUGGAGAAGCUGGGGGUCUUCUCGGCGUGCAAGGCCAACGAUGCCUGCAAGUGCAAUGGCUGGAAGAACCCCAACCCCCCCACUGCCCCCCGCAUGGACCUGCAGCAGCCAGUGACCAACCUGAGUGAGCCCUGCCGCAGCUGCAGCCACGCUCUGGCUGACCACGUGUCCCACCUGGAGAACGUCUCUGAGGAGGAGAUCAAUCGGCUGCUGGGCAUGGUGGUGGACGUGGAGAACCUCUUCAUGUCGGUGCACAAGGAGGAGGACACUGACACCAAGCAGGUGUAUUUCUACCUGUUCAAGCUCCUGCGCAAGUGCAUCCUGCAGAUGAGCCAGCCAGUGGUCGAGGGGUCCCUGGGGAGCCCCCCCUUUGAGAAACCAAACAUCGAGCAGGGUGUCCUGAACUUCGUACAGUACAAGUUCAGCCACCUGCCGCCCAAGGAGCGCCAGACCAUGUAUGAGCUCUCCAAGAUGUUCCUGCUCUGCCUCAACUACUGGAAGCUGGAGACGCCGUCGCAGUUCCGGCAGCGCUCGCAGAGUGAUGACGUGGCCACCUACAAGGUCAACUACACGAGGUGGCUUUGCUACUGCCACGUGCCCCAGAGCUGUGACAGCCUCCCCCGCUACGAGACCACCCACGUCUUCGGGCGCAGCCUGCUCAAGUCCAUCUUCACGGUCACUCGCCGGCAGCUGCUGGAGAAGUUCCGGGUGGAGAAGGACAAGCUGGUGCCGGAGAAGCGGACGCUGAUCCUCACCCACUUCCCCAAGUUCCUGUCCAUGCUGGAGGAGGAGAUCUAUGGUGAGAACUCUCCCAUCUGGGAGGCUGAUUUCACCAUGCCAGCUGCCGAAGGAGCCCAGCUGGUGUCUCGCCCAGCCGUGGUCAGCACCGUGGCUGUGCCCAGCACUCCACUCUUCAGCAAGAAGCUCAGCAGCAGCAGCUCCACAGCGAGCAUGGACGCCAGCACCCCAGAGCCCCUGCCAGGGGAAAAGCGGAAGCUGCCCGAGAGCCUGACCCUAGAAGAUGCCAAACGGAUCCGUGUCAUGGGGGACAUCCCCAUGGAGCUGGUGAACGAGGUCAUGCUGACCAUCACGGACCCUGCUGCCAUGCUGGGCCCUGAGACCAGCCUGCUGUCGGCGAACGCGGCGCGGGACGAGACGGCGCGGCUGGAGGAGCGCCGCGGCAUCAUCGAGUUCCACGUCAUCGGCAACUCCCUCUCCCAGAAGUCCAACAAGAAGAUCCUGAUGUGGCUGGUGGGGCUGCAGAACGUCUUCUCGCACCAGCUGCCGCGCAUGCCCAAGGAGUACAUCACCCGCCUCGUCUUCGACCCGAAGCACAAGACCCUGGCGCUGAUCAAGGACGGGCGCGUGAUCGGGGGCAUCUGCUUCCGCAUGUUCCCCACCCAGGGCUUCACCGAGAUCGUCUUCUGCGCCGUCACCUCCAACGAGCAAGUGAAGGGCUAUGGCACACACCUGAUGAAUCACCUGAAGGAGUACCACAUCAAGCACAACAUCCUCUACUUCCUCACCUACGCGGACGAGUAUGCCAUCGGCUACUUCAAGAAGCAGGGCUUUUCCAAGGACAUCAAAGUUCCCAAGAGUCGCUACCUGGGCUACAUCAAGGACUACGAGGGGGCAACCCUGAUGGAGUGUGAGCUGAACCCCCGCAUCCCCUACACCGAGCUCUCCCACAUCAUCAAGAAACAGAAGGAGAUCAUCAAGAAGCUGAUUGAGAGGAAGCAGGCACAGAUCCGCAAGGUCUACCCUGGCCUGACCUGCUUCAAGGAGGGUGUGCGGCAGAUCCCCAUCGAGAGCGUUCCUGGCAUCCGAGAAACAGGAUGGAAGCCCCUGGGGAAGGAGAAGGGCAAGGAGCUGAAGGAUCCAGACCAGCUCUACAACACCCUGAAGAACCUCCUGGCCCAGAUCAAGACCCACCCCAGUGCGUGGCCCUUCAUGGAGCCAGUGAAGAAGUCAGAGGCUCCAGACUACUACGAGAUCAUUCGGUUCCCCAUCGACCUGAAGACCAUGACGGAGCGGCUGAAGAAUCGCUACUACGUCACCAAGAAGCUCUUCAUCGCCGACCUGCAGCGCAUCAUCACCAACUGCCGCGAGUACAACCCCCCCGACAGCGACUACUGCAAGUGUGCCAACACCCUGGAGAAGUUCUUCUACUUCAAGCUCAAGGAGGGGGGGCUCAUUGACAAGUAGGGGAGGUGGCCUGGACCUGCCUUGACUGCUACCCCCCUGCCACCUGGAGGGACAGGGCUGCUGUGGCACCAGGUCCUGUGGGCAGGGGCUGCUGGAGGGUUUGGUGCUGCUGAGCAGCCCUGAAGGAAGCUGGGUCUUCCCUGGGGGGGAUGGGGCUGGGGUGCUUUUCCUGGGGUGGGGGUAAGCAGUGGGGAUGGAGCUGCCUUAUCAGGAUCUGCCCAGGAUCUGGGUAAUGCUGAGUUCCUGCCUCUCUCUGGGGGCCCAGACACCCCUGGCACUGGCAUUUCUGCCUAGGGUUGUGCCUUCUGCCCUCUCAGUGGCAGGGUGAGGGGGAGGGCACACAAGUGCUUUGGUUUUGCUUCCGUCCACGCACAGGCAGCCCCCACCCCUCUCAUUGAAUGUAUGGUGGGGCUCAGCCCUGCCCCUGGGGCUGCGGGCAGAUGCUGCUCGUGGUCUGGGGUCCUGCUGUGAGGGGGGGGGCUCAGGCCCUGCACUCCUGACCUCCUGCUGCCUCUAUCAUCUCUGUCCUCCCUACCCCCUCCUGCUGCCAGCUGAGGGGCUGGGGGCUGCACUGGCCUCUGCUCCCCCUGCUCUGACCCCCACCUGCCCCCUCCAUGCCCCUCACGGGCCGUGUGCCCCUUCCUUGGCUGCUGGGCUCGCGAGUGCCCAACCCCAAUGCUGCCCUGUCCCCCAGUCUUGCUUGGCCCCUGCUGCCUUGGCAUCAGUGGGUGGGUGCUGGUGAUGCUGGGUGGGACCACCCCCGCUGCCAUUCCACGUGGUUGAUGUUCUCUUGGGUUUGGGGUUCGUUGGUUUGUGUUUUUUUUAAUAAACGUCCUCGUGCAGA